GCUCUGCAGAAUAUGCUAUACAUUAACUUUCAAUAUUGCUUGUGAAUAAAUGUUUCCCAAUCAUUAGGUUAUUUCAGGUUUGAAAAUAAUUCUCUGGUAUUUUUGAAGCAACUGGCGGUACAAGAAAAUCCACCUAUCUCAUUGAUUAAGAAUUUUCAUUCAGGAACUGCAAUAUGGAGGGUAUGCUUCAGCAUUGACUUGUAAUGCUUUUUGCUUUCAGCCAAGAAUGAAGGGGCACUGUUUCAGUCAUUGUGGACAUGAAGCAGCUGACAUCAUUCCUCUAUGUCUAGCUCACAUGAUACCCAUCAUUUCUUUCCCUCAUGGCUGAAAAAUGCAGGUUACUACCGUCAACUCCUGACCUCCACAGUCCUAUCCGAAGUUUUAUCAACAAUUUUAGUGCUCUAAUGUAGUUGUUAACCUUUUUCUGUUCAUCAUGAUGUAGAGUUAUUAUGUUAGUGCACCUGUCAUAUUAUGCCCCUAGUUAUUUUGAGGAGCUGGUUACAGUCAAUUGUGAGAUUCUCCAUUUGUCUUAUGUUUUUGUUGAAUAUAUCAGCUGAACAUCCCUCAGAUCAGCGAAACGCUUCUGAUGUUUUUCUCAAAUCAUUGUCGGAUAUCGUGCAAGAAUUAGAACUAAGAAGGAUGACCAGCCCAAUCAGGUGUGAUGAAUCACCAGAUGUAAGAGAGCCCUUCUUGUAUGGAGACAAUUUAGCAGCACGUCAGGAAGAACACUCCCAUUCACACGCUGAAUACCAUGCAGGGUCAAUUUCGAUGCUUAACAGAAAUGAUCCAUUCACCAAAAGGUCUCAGUUUAAGGAAGUCAAGAAAUUUAAAAGACAGCUUAGGAACCAAAGCUCAGGUUCUAGGAAGCAAGUUUCUCGGAAGCCGAAGAGGAUGCAUGCUGAGUUCAAUCUCGGUUCUCAGAAUGUUUCACUCUCACACAAUAUUUCUCCCAAGAAUUCAUCACGGGAUAAUAAGUUGUCAGUAAACGGUAACAGAAGCAGAAAGGAUGUUCAGUUUUCUAAACCAUCCACUCUUAGCAGACUUCAGCAAGGAAAUACAUUGCCUAUGAUUUAUGAUCAAGAAAUCGCCGCAGAAGUUCGCAAAAAAUCCCCUCGAAUCAACAAAUAUGUAAACAAAGAAACAACUAGUCAAGCAAUCUUAUGUCACAAUUCAUGCAACAUGCACGAUCAAAUGUCGAAUUGGAAAUCAUCUACUACAAGAAAUUUCCCCACAACAGUCAGUUACCAUUCAAAUUUUAUUUUUGGCCCCAAUUUUAAUAACAAAAGCACUGCUUCCCAAAGUAUUUGGGGUAUCACCUCUGUCUUAAAACCAAGUUUUGAUUCUAGUUCAUUCUCCUAUGCCCCAAAAUAUUUGAGAAGUCAUCAGUACCAAAAUCUUGAUCUCCGUAAGUCACAUGCUUCUUCAUCUACAAUGAGUUCCACAAAAGCUGCAAACUUUUCAAAAUCCAAAAUUCCAAACCCCAAAAAAUCAGCCUCGAGCUGUUUCCAAACCGACCCAAUCUCUAAUGAGCAACUUGUCUCAGAGAUAGCAGCCAAUUUCACCGGAAAUAAAACCAACGGAAAAAAAUUCCUGUGUCCUGGUGAUUUAAAGAAAGACACAAAUCAUUCCGUCAUCAAAAGUGACUGUAUUAAUCAAGGUCUGGAAUGUGUAAAAAUCAGCAAUAAAUCUCUCAGUGACGGCAAUGUUACUGAUUUUCGAACUGAACUUGUAUUAUCCUCCACUAAACCCUGUCCAACAAAUGGCACAUUCAUUUUGCACCCUUCAAAUAUAAGUGCAGAAUUUACCAAAAGAUCAAAUAAUAAUCAUUGUGAACCACUGAUUUUAGCAGCAAUCAUUGAAAUUUCAACUAAUAAUUCUCAGUAUUUGCUCUCUCCAAAGGAGAAUAUCUGCAUUAACUUCUCUCUUCUGCCCAGUUCUGAAGAAUUGAGCUCUGUGCAAAAAAAGAAGAAUUUCCUAGUUGACUGGAGGAACGACUCUCUUAACGCUAAUAUUCAGAAUAGGAUGCAAUUCAACAUGCAUAAGUUAAAACAAGCAUCUGUUCCUAACAUCCUGAUCACAUUUUCCAUGAAAGAUUGCAAUGCGUCCUCUGUUAAUGGUGCUCAAUCAGCUAAUCAUUCAAAUCCAACAAAGGCCCCGAUUUUAAAAAUUUGUUUCAAGUUGCCGAAUAUUAGUAGCAAUUUUAUUGAAAGUUUUCCGAAUACCUCUGGCAGUGCUUCUCUUGGAUCUCUUUUAAGUUCAAAGGUAAAUCCUCAAGAAACUUGUCAAUCUAGGAAAUUUGGCUCGCACUCUGAAUGUGCUCAGGAUAUUAGCAAUAAAAAACAAGACACAACUCCAAAUUCCUUUGGCAUAUCAAGUCCUAAACUAAAUGAAGAAAUGAAACAAACAAAUGAAGCCAGCAGGAAAGAGAACAAAUUUAGAGAUGAAAGUAUUUGCCCAAGCUCACUUAUCAAAAUGAGGAUAACAAAGAAAAUAAUUUCAACCGAGAAACCCUGUGCACCAUUCCAAGAAAAGAGCAAGUCUGAUUGGAAGACUGUGACCACAAUUAACCGUAAUAACUCAACUGUAAGAGGAAACACAACGUACUCUAUUUUGAGUGUGUCUGAAGCUACAGAGCAUCAAAUGUUGAAUCAACCGUCAACUCCUAUCAGAAGUUCCCUUCAGUUGCAAGAUUCAGUAGAAAUCGGUAGUAGAAAACUGCAGUUGCUGCAAGAAAUAAAGAAACUACUAUUGGAUGACACAAGCCCCAAUAACAAACAACUUGAGGAAGUAAGCAGUCUAAAUAUGUCAGGACCUGUAGAAAAACUAAGCCUCAACAACUCAAGGAAGCUACCAUGUACACUAAAAGAAGGCUUAGAAGAGACUAUAUACAAUGAAAGAACAGUCAAUUUGACACGAGAAAUGAUUGAUAACACUGUGAAUGCAUUUCAUGUUGUUACAAAGUUGCCAUUUUUAAUGAGCGGUACUGGAAAUGAUAACUCAAAAACAGCCUUCCAGACUGACCUUGCAGACGAUAGUAUCUUCUCAAGAUUUGGGAGUGCUAAUGAAUUUUCUCUGAAAAUUUUUUUAAAUAACCUAGAGGUCUACAAUAAUCUAGUCACUAAAGAUCUUUUUUCUCGUGUUGUAAACAAAGAGCAAAGUUCAUUGAAAAACGAAACUCCAGCCGCAUCCAAGCCAAAAAUUACAACUAGAAGUAGAAGCCGUAAUAAGCUGAAACUGUUCCCGCUUGGAGGUGUAGCUACCAGAAUUCUUAAGGGGUAUAAAAAGAAGAAGAGUAAACUGGAAAAAUUCAGUAACAAAAUAAUUCCGAACACAAAGGGAAAGCUUCAUUGCUCUGAAAGUAAGAGACGAGGAGAACGACCUAGUGUGCUUACAGACAAAUUUAUCAAUGAUCUGAAUGAUUUCAGUGAUGAGAUUACUUUCCAAGGAAAUCCAUCAAAUUCAUUCACUCUGAGAAGUCUAAAAUGGUUUCACAGUGUCGAUGAGGCUACGAAGAAAGAUUUCGAUCAGAGAAAUUACCUAAGACGCAAACCUCUUGUUCUGAAACGAAAAAAGAAAUUAAAAGGUCUUCCUUCAGCAAUGGGUAAUUACAGGAACCUCCGUAACGAAAAAAGUUCGAAACAACCUUUUACCCUGACGAAUAAUCCUACUUUUUUAUCAUCGGAUCCAAACUUUUCAUUUAAAGUACCACUUUUGCAGGAACGUAGUCCAUUGUCUCUUGACCAAAAUUACCAUGAUUUUGAUUCUGACGCAAGGUCAUCUCCUUACCCUGGUCUUUAUCGGAAUUCGGAUGCAUAUAGUGUUAAAAUUGUAAGCAAAAACAGCAAAGACCCUACAUAUUGUGAACCAAAAAUCACAGUUCCCUUUUCUGAGGCCUCGAACAAUAGAAACUUUAGUAUUCCAUCACAAAUCCCUUUACCUCAUGACGAUUUAGCACAAUUUUCUCUUGAUAAUGCAGACACUGAAGCUAGACAAAAUCCAGAAGAGUAUCCUUUAAUUCUAGGGACUAACCAGAAACUGGCAAAGUCUGUGGUGCUCAAUAAAUUUGAUCCCAUUAUUGUCGGUGACUCAAAAAAUACCCAUCAUUUUUCUCCCGUCAAGUUAAUGAACAAAAGAGAUUUUGAUGUAAGAGCUGUUCAUCCAAUCAACAAUUUAUCAGCUCCUGAAGGUUACGAUAAAAUGAAAUCAGGAUUUGAACCAUUCUCUCCCGAGUCAUUUUAUGUAAAAUCCCAAAUCGCUGAAAAUUCAACGGAUCAGAAUAAUCUCGAUUCAUCAUCAGAGUUGAUAUUUUCUACAAGUGGAAUCUCCUCCACUGUCUCAGCUGUUGCUGCACAUUUCACCGCAGGCAACUACACAUUUGCAAACUUGAUGAGCAAUCUUGACGCCGAUAGUAUCAACCUAACUACUAAUGCUGGUCUUGGCAUGAACAAGUCAAGUUUGUCUGAUAUUACUCCAAAUAUUCGAACAACCACCCCUCAUCUUUCGUCUGUUUCCAAGGCUAACAAGUUUGCAAAUAAUUCAAUAAACAAUGUUUCUGUUCGCAAUCUUUCCUCAAAAAAUUCUGCAAAAAGUCAGCCAGCAUCUUAUUUGAAUCUUUUCAAUCCCGAAUUUCGCCAAUGUCAAACCGGUAAAAACCUUAUCAACGAGUCCUCUUCAAGCAUGAAACCUCGAAAAUUUCUGCCUGUGUCCAUCACUCAGAGCCGAAAUCUGAAUCUAAGAUCUUUUGUUGAUAGUAAUAUUUCUUAUGUUAGAAAUUUAAAUAACUCCAGAACAGCACCUGAUGUUCAAUAUAUUGAUGGUGGUCUCGCAACAAAUGAAAGUGUAUUAAGCAUCAAUAUUGAAUUGCCGUCUAAGAAAGAAGUUAAAAUAAAGUUUAAUGAUGGUCUUUCCACAUUGACCACAACUCAGGCGCCUAACAAUGCCCUCUCAGAUACCUCCAAUUUGAUUGUCACCGAGUCGAAAAAUAUUCCUGUUAAUGAUACAACAAACUCCAUUCUUUCCAAAUACAACAUGAAAGGAAAUUUUUUACCUUCUUCUGUGGAACAAAAAGAUGUCUCAGGCUUGUUCAAAACUGAUUCUACUAGAAGUUUAUCUCAAUUUUCUAAGCUUUCUUAUGGCAAUAUUUCGGAAAUGGUAACAGACCAAUUUUCUCUGAUCAACAGUGGUGUUUACGUCAUUCCGAGUUUUUUUGAAUCUCUAAACGAUUCCCUUAUCUUUAUUACGCACAAUGAUCCUUCCGGAAGUAAGAUCUCCACUAAUUUGCAUCGUCUCCUUGCUGAAAAAUUACAAUCCCAGAACUCGUCAAUCAAUUUUAUACAGAACACUACUAUUUUUAGAAUUCCUGUCCUUGUUUCGAACAUAUCAGAUGUAUUAUGCAAGAAAUUGGACAGGAUAAAUCCGUCUAUCGCUAAUAUUUCUACCUCUCAACAACCGAUCAAGUCAAAUUCGAUGGCCGUAGGCUUAUCAAGAAACUUCAAUAAGACAAAAAAUUCUUCGACCUCAGAUUUGAAAAACAUCCUCUUAAAGAGUGGGAAUUCCUCUCAUGUGAAUGAAUCUAACAAUUCGAAUCCUUCACCUAUUUCAUCUAAAAUUGAUUCAAAUUUGAAUCUUCUGCGCCACGAAAACGUAACUAGCAGGAAAAAUAGUAUCAACCGGAGCAGUGAAAGCACUGCUAAAUCUCUAGUAGGAAUUUCAUUUUUUCCCUCGAGAUCAUUUGCCACUGCUUCUAGUCUCAUCAACAGGAAGGCUGGACACUCUGGACUCAAAACAGAAGUUAAGAGUAAGAUGCAGUUUUUAACACCUCUUAUUCUAUUGAAUAUGUCCUCUUCAACUGAAGCCUACUUGUGGAAUGGAUCGUCAGCGAAUUCAUCAAUGAAAUUGCCAGUUGAAACAUCGACAUUCAACAAGGUCAGCCCUGUAACAUUAUCAUUUCCAGAGAACAGCUCUCUGCCUCCUGCCUUUGAAAAACCACUGGUGAUUAGGAAUAAUUUAAGUCCCCCUCCGCAAGAAAGUGAAACAAAAACUGUCAGUGUAAGCUCUAAUUCAUCACAAGAUCAUAACUUAGAAUGUUCAAUGAAAUUGCUCAUGUACAAUGACACUAAUUUAAGUCACCAUGAGUUCUAUCUUAUGAGAGGAAACCAAUCAGAUGGGCUCCUUUUUCAUGAUUUCAUCAUGCUAGCCCAGAAAAAUGGAACAAAUUCAAGCUUUAAACCUGUUUUUGAAUCUUUGAAGUCCUCUGCAACCUUCAGUCCAGUUAUCCAGAAUAUUAGUUUGUUGAAGUUCUCUUCUAAUCAUACCCCUCCAUCUUUUUUAUCAAACUCUAAUAUCCCUUCAAUUCAGUUUCUCGAUCGGACAAGAAAUGAGACAAUUAGUUUGCCUGGUAGAACAAACACACCUGAGAUAUCAGCAAUUUUAGAUAGCGAGGGAAGCGUGAGUCAGCUCACGGAUGAUGUCGGAAAAUAUGCAGAAAUUAAAAACAGUCAAGUCUAUGUUACUAAAGGCUCCAUCAUUCAUAAAAAUGUUUCCAGCCAAUCUAAUUUGAACUGGAUGCAAGAGAAAGGUGGUAAAUAUUUCCCAAGCUCUACGAAGGUCUCUGAAAAUAGCCUAGUUUCCUGUUUAUCACCUACCAUGGAAUCUGUUGGAAUGAAGAGAAAACCACUCUCUGUAGAUCUUGUACACCACACUGAGUCAUCAAGUGCAGCAACUCCAAAUUCUAUCACUGCUACUCACGCCUUUCUUUUGAAAGGCAUGAGUGCAAAGUCUGUAUAUGGUUCAGCGAAACUUGCAAAAAAAUGUACCCUUCGAAGUGUUUCCUCUAGUAGUAACACAUCAAAAAUCUUGAGCAGUCUCACAAAUUAUGAGAAUUUAUCAACCACGUCAUUUUCCAACAUCAGUCUAUCACCUGCUAAAACCUCUAAAUCAUUUAAUGAUUGUAUGUUGAAAGCAACCAGUGUAAAUAGUAAUCAAUCAAGCAACUUCUUCACUACCAACACCACCCGUGAUUCUCAGUGGCAAAUGAAUGGAUCUAAAGUUAAGAAGUAUCAAAAUGGCGAAAGAACAUCUAUAAUGAAGAACCCGGGGGAAUCCCAAGUUAAAGAAUUUGUACCAGUAAAAGAAAAAUCGCCAAAAACUUUACCAUCAGAUUUUCCAGCGAAAAAAAAUGCUUUAUCUAGUAACUCCGUCAAAUCUACCGUAGAUACAGUGUCAUUCCCUAAACAUACUAGUUCGACAACUGAAUUUAGAUCUCUGAGUAGUGCAAGGAGCAUGUUUAAUCAAAUAAAUUUCACAGCUAACAAAAUCAGCCCAUUAUCUACAAAAAAGUUUAUCAAUUUGAAUGAAAAUAAAAGCAAAAAUGAAGGAACAACAGAUUCUCAGAAUCUUAAGAUACUGCCGCAAAUGAAUGAUGAUAUUUCCGAAGCUAAAUCCUCAAAUUUUUCAGAACUGACGAUCAGUGAUAUCACUGAAAGCCCUCUCUCAAGUACUAAUACAUCAAGUGAAAACCAACUUUCAAACAUUCAGUUUGAAUCGCCGAAUAUGGAGCUAACGCAGCCUGAACUCGAAGAUUUAAACUCAGUGAUUGACUUAAAUGACUUGUACAACUUGCAGCUAGAUAGCAAUACACUUAGUGAACAUGUAGAAACUACCACUCUGCCUUAUCUAUCAACUAACUUCAUUCCUGAAUCCUCUAUCCAUGUCCCAUCUUUGAGCACACGGUCAAAGCAAUCUUCAAAUCCCUCGGCAAGAUCAGAUUGUUUCUCUCCUGUGUCUAAUGUCUCUUUUCAAACAAAUUUCAUGCAAAUGAGUGAUUCUCCCAGUGUUGUUCUGUUCAAUCGUGCCAAUAGAUUUUUACCUGUUGUUGAUCCUCAACAAAUGUUGAUGGCCCCAAACAAAUCUUUUUCCAAUCAUCAAUCAAACCUUGACACCUAUGUAUCUGUUGCUCCGUCUGUUAGACAGCUUUAUUCAUUCCGUUCUCAAGAUAAUUCGCCAGCUAAUGCGAUACAGAGAGCCAACUUGGACAGUAAUCAGAACAGCCUGAUAUCAAAUGUCAGAGCAGCUUAUCAGACUACCAUCAAACCUCACUUUAUGACAGAAAAAUUAUCCUCGCUUCAAUCCAGUAAUGUUUUUACUCCAUAUGUAACAGUCCGGCAAAAUUUCCAAAACAGUAAUCGAGGUCAAACUUUCACUUCUGCUCAAGUGACUUUGUUUUCUCAAAAUAACAGUCAAAGUAAUUUUUUCAAUGUUCCUUCCAGAUUUUUCGUAUCCAACAAGUUUAUGUCAGAUCAUUCAAGAGAACUUGUGCCUAUGCCUGAGACAAGAAUUUCGUCAGUUCCACAAAGUGUCUUUGAGAAUUUUUCUCCAACUCCUCAAAGUUUCCACGGUUUUCCUUCCACAUCAGCAGAUACGAAGGCUCUUCCAGAAUCUGAUCAGUUUGCAUCUCUACGAAAUCUCAACUCUUCUCAUCUUGGGGUUAAACCGAUUGUUCUUUUAUUCAAUGCAUACAAAAAGAAUGGCUCCUCCCAUCAUAACCAAUCAAUAGAGUUCAGCGAUCUACCAACAUCAGACGUGAAAACCAUUUCAAAAAAUAGUAAAACCCCUCUCCUGGCAGUUUUGAGAGAGCACAACAGGCUGACUGAUACCCCAUUGCCAAUGAAUUCCUCAGUCCAAAAUAAAUUAAUUGGUAUGCAUUCUGCCAAUGAAGUGUACAGCACUGAGCGUCUCAUAGGAAAUCAAUGUGAAAUAACAGCUUUUAAAAAUCCUUCAAAACUUGAGAGUGAACAAAAUUUUUUAUUGAAGCAAUUGCCGGGACUCCAGAUAGCGUCGUCAAUGAUGCAUCCUAAUUCUGGCCCUGCCACUAAAACUUUUAAUUUGGCAGUGCCUUGCGAAAAUGAUAGCCAGUUUCUUUCAAAAUCUGCUUUUAAUUCUGUACCAAUUUCAAAAGGAGCUAAAUCUUGGUUUGAUGAUCCUCUGCUUGACUCCUCUUCUGGUAGCAUGCUCAAGCUAGAUUUUGCACAUACUAUUGAACCUCCUCCGUUGUUACUGAACUAUCUCAUUGGACCCACCAAAAGUGUUGGCUACCCCAAUAUUGUGAAUCCUUCUUCAAAUGGCUCUGCUCCUGUAAGCUGUAUCAUUAUGCCUAACAUGAGUAACAGUCAAGUUGGUUCUGUGCUGCCUGUAAACAAAUGGCUGCUAAAUUUUUCUUUUCCGUUUGAGCCAAUGAAUGGUGCUCAUACUGCUUCAUCCGAUUGGCAAACUGCUUCAAAAAUUGGAAUCAACGAAUCACCACUAAAUGUUUCUAACAGAUCCUUCAAAUUAAUUAGUCUUCCUCAAAACGAUCUACAUUUUAAAUUGUACAGCGAGAAAAAUAACAAAAGUCCUACAACCUUAUCAGAAUCUAUUGUGUCUCAAUUCAAUCACCUGAAAGCUCUCCGCGAUGAUAUAGGUGAAAAAUCCUCCAAACCUCAUCUCUCUGAAAGUCAGCCUUCCCCUUUUAACAAAUUUUUGAAGACCAAUGAAGAGAGGGAUGUAGAAAGUUUGUGCCAUCUACUAAAUUCCUCUGGAAGCAAUUUCCAAAAUACUGAUUCCUUUCCUAAUCAUUCAAAUAAACAAGACGAUGAAAUUGAUUUUCGUAUUGGGUUGUACCAUGACUCUUUAAGGAACUCCCAAUCUCCCAAAAGCACACGUAUUUCCAAGGAUGAUUUGGACCUAGAUUACACUGUGAGAAGAAGAGACCCACAAUCAGAGUUUCAACCUGUUCAACCCCCAAUAUUACUGUGGAAUUCUCCAUCUAAUUCUCCCUCAAAAAUUAUUUUUAACAGCUUUCCCAAGAUUUUUUAUGACAGCCCAAAGGAACUUUCCUCUCAGGAAAGAUUUCUCGGUGAAAAUCCUAAAGUAUUUGCUUUGAGUCCCUCUCUUCAAGUGAUAAAUCCUGUUUUUUUACUCCCUAAUGAUGAUGCUAUUACUUCUGCAAUGAGAGGUCAACUUGAACCUAGUGCAUAUGACCCCUCAGUCGCUUUUAUCAAAAAGCAGAGGAAGUUGGCCAAGUUCUACCAAAAUGUACUCCCGAAAAAAAGUGACAAAGAGAAAUCAAAAAGUGUCAUACCAUGGGAUUUUGCACUCAGUAUUCCUUCGAAUUUAACUCCAAAUCUGAAAGAAACAGCCCUUCCUGGUGUGGGUGCUGCUUUUUUUGUUGAAGACUCUCUCAAAAAGUCAGCUUUUAAAAAUACCUCCAUUGACCUAACUGUUUUGUCAGAGGUAAAUAAUGCUAACUUGGGGCAUAAAAUCUCUGAUAAGAUAUUCAAGGUGAUAAAUGAAUCUGGAUCAGAAACUAAUCAUAGUCCAAGCACUUUUAAUGCUAUGAAAAGCAACGUGAAUCAGCAGAGUGUUACGCCAGUCCAUUUCCAAGUCACUGCGAAGAUUGAUUGGCCGGACCAAAAAUUAGGCGAAAAAAUUCAGAACUCGCCGGUUAUCAUUCAAGUAUUAAUUCAGAACAGAACAGAUCCAACCAAAAAUCCACCAUUUGAUCAUAAAUCGAGGGUGAAUUUUCAUAAAGGUAUGAAAAGCAGCCGUAGAAAAGUCCAUCCUUGCCUUACAUCAAAUUGCCAUUCUUUUAGACAUCCAAGAAAGAAAUCUGGUCUUCACUCGAGACAUUAUCGUUCGAGAGAUUCUGGAUUUGAGAAAUUAUCUCACAGUACAGAAGAAUUUCCACAUUCUUCAGCCGAACUCAAUCAUGGAAUUUCUAAAUCCGCAGCCCAGCAUGGUGAAAACAAUUUUUCCAGCGGGUCUUUGAGAAGAGAAAAACAAGAUUUUAGUAACCAUCAUCACUUGGAAGCUGGCCAAUUGAGGUCCAAAAUAUUCCAACAGUCCCUCAAGAAGCCAAUAUCAGCGCAGCCACUUAAUCAUCGUCAUUGGCACUCUGCAAAGGCAAAUUUAAGAAUCACUCCAUCAAAUGGCUCCCGAAAUGUAGUCGGUCAUCUUCAGAGAAAAUUGAAAAACUACGACUCCGGAAAAAUGUCAAAUAAUCUGUUUGAAUACAGUGACUAUGACCCUUGGAAUUGGAAUUUAACAUCUGCAGAUCUGAUUAACUCUGGCUCGUCUGAACAGCUAAGUCCUGAUUGGUUCAUUUUACCCAAUUCAAGUCCUACUCCGAGGAAAAAUAUAAAUCCUAGAUGGGCACAAAAAACACAGGAGGAAUCUGUAGUGCCCACAAAAAGCUCAGAGUUUUCUGCCGAAGACUGUAAAUUAGCGUAUGGCAGCAAGUGUGUCUGUGAUAUGAGUAAAGUUUUGACUGAUUAUGAUACUAUAAUAUGUGAUGAAGAGAGCACUGAAGAGGCUAAAUUACGAGCUAUUUUAGAAUACCGAUGCUCAUCAUACUUGCCUUUACCAGCAGGCUAUUAUAUUGACAAAAGUACCAAGUCGUUGCCACUAGACGUAACGGAGCAAGUGGCUCCAGAAAAUUUGAAUGGCUCCAAAGAAAUAGAUGAAGAAAUUUUAAGCCAUUUGCAAAGAGUUGACAUAACUUCAAUAGGCACCUCUCGUUUGCGCUAUGCUUUUGUAGGAUCAAAAGUUGAAAUUCCAUGCUACGAUAAUUUCCAAACGCCUAUGCCAAUCAAAGCAACUGAUAGCAUUCAGUACAAAUGGCAGAAGGGGAAGAAAGUUAUCACUGAGGGCCGAAUGAAAGAAUCUCCCAAUGGUACUCUCACAAUUGACAGUGUUGUUAUGAUGGAUACUGGCAUAUUUUUUUGCAUUAUUUCAUUUAGCAGUCCUGAAAUGAAGAAUCAAGAACGCAUCUUCAAUCACACUCUGUCAGUGGUUACUGUACCCAAAAUUACAACUCAAGCUGUGAUUCAUCUCAAAACCAACGCAAGAUGCAAGCCUGAGAUCCUUCAGAUGCUUAAUUCAUACAUCCCACAGUUAAUUCAAGAAUCGAUUUGCGAGGCUGGUGAAAAGGAUAAUGAGAUUUGCGAAAUUGGUGUUUUCUAUCCUCUUUGUCUUCAAAAUAAAACAGACAGUACCAUCAUGUCGCUGAAUGUUCACAUGAACGUCCGAAGUAUUGAAGAUUUAAUCAUCCACAGCUAUGCAAACAAAGCUGUCUGUGGUCCUGUAUGUCAUCAGAAACUAUACCUAAAAACAUCAUUAAUACUGAAGGAAAGUCUUCAGGAAGCUCUCCUAACUCCCAUACUAGAUGCAACAUCCAUCUCUGAUAUAGCUCUAACUCCUCUGCCAAGCAGUUUCAAUAUGAAAAUGACUGUCGGUUGUGAUGCUGGAUUUCGUUUAGCUGAAAACUUUUGUGUGCCAUGUCCACCUCAUUGGUUCAGCCCUGAAGGCAGCACAGUGUGUACGAAGUGUCCAGCAGGCUUUUACCAACCUCAAAUAGGGUCACGUGCUUGCUUGCGUUGCCCUUCACCUCUCACCCAGGGUUGUAACGUAAUUGCAAAUGUAUUCAACAAUCAUAAGAAGGAUGGAGUAAAUGGAUCAGCAGAUGCAGGAGUCAUGCCCACAGAAAGUCCCAGCAGUGGAGAUAAUUUAAGGAAGAUCUUAUUAAUAUUAUUAUCAGCUGCUGUACUUGUCACUAUAGUCUAUUUGUGUGUUGGCGCCAUCAUACGUAUAUUUUCUCCGGGAAAAUCGGAAAGUUUCUCAUCAGAAAAAGUACCUUUGCAGUCUGGCAGUAAAAGAGGUAAAAAAUCCAAGCACAAACGGUCAUCCUCUCGGAAAAAGAAAGUGGAGGAGAUACCUUUGCAAGAUCUGGGACCCUCCAAUCUUGAAGACUCAGAUGACAUCUCUAGCUAUGCAGAAACAAAGUUUGGUCCUAAUGUAUCAACAAGGAGAGAAGAACCGCUAUUUCACGAGGAGGGAAAUGCAUUCUUAAACCAAUGCAAAAAUGUGAAAGAGACGGCGAGAAGCUGUAAACGUCGGAAAAAAUGGUUCCCAACUUUCAGGUCAAAACGUUCCAAGAACCACGAGUACUUGGAGCUACCAGAAAUUAGACCUCUAAGGAAAGGAAACGCUCUUCAUCGAAAUGCUGCAGUUUCAGACGAAGUAAAAAGAACUGUGCGCACUCCUGAACGUAGAAGAAAAGAAGCCUCGUUUCAGCCUGAUUUUUCCUAAACUUGAUGGCCCGUUUCUUCAAAUGACUGGUGUUUUCCAAUGCGUAACAUUUUUAUGAUUAUUUUUAAGAGCUCUUAUUCAAAGAUUUUGCUGAAAGAAGCUCUUAUCAUCCGUCUCUGUGUCAUCUUGUUUCAAAUUUGUUUACUUAUUUAACCAUGGAAUGUAAGUAGCAUUUUUGUUUUUAAGUUGAGACAAAAUUUGACUAAACAUUUUGUAAAGAGAGAACGAGAGAAAGUCAUUUAAGAAAAAAAGUGAUAUCAAGGAACUGCUACGUAAUGCCCUCUUCACUUCCAAAACACCAUAGUCCAUUGAAAGUGACAAGAUUAAGGGGUUAAUACUCGAAAUAAUUGACACCGAUCAUUGAACAGUUUUGUCAUUCCUUAUGCUGAGGUACCUCUUGAUUUUCCUCUCACACUAAUUUUAGUUUGAAAUUAAAAGCUAUAUCAUAUGUUGUAAAUAAUUUUGUAAUGUUACUAUUCAUUUUAAGAAAACUAAUUUUUUUUUAAUAAAAGACGAGAGUUUUUUGACUGAACCAA